UCGAGAUUGUUGCUCAUUAAUUUGAUUAAAUAAUUUUUGAUUAACUUCAUUAUUUGCCUUGACAUUUCAUUGUUCAUGACAUGUGAUAAAUGGCGUAUUUGAGACUGGAAUUAAUAAUUUUUGUCUUAACUGUGAAUGUGGUAUAUGCAUACGUACCGCCAAAAUUUUACUUGGAUGCAAUAUGUGGGGAAACACUCACAAUCAGCGGGCUACCCUCCAUUCGCCUUGACCUGACCCAGGACAGCAAGUAUAGAAAUAACAUGGACUGUACCGUCACUGUGAGCAAUGCCCCCGCCUCUACCAGCACCACCAACCAUAAUAGAAUCAUGAUUGUUGUCAGGAAGUUGAAUAUCAAGGGUUCCGUCUAUUAUGGCUGUGAUCCAGGUUACGAUCAAUUGUACAUUUAUGAUGGACCUUCUACCUCAUCAUACAAAGUACCAG